AUGGCGACCAUUCAAGAGCAUCCAGAGCAGCAGCUUGAACAAUACAUCGCACUGUUCCUUACCAAGCUGGUACGGAUCAUCCAGAUCAUUAUCCCCUUGAUGGCAAAGUUCAGUAAAGACCAUCCAAAUGUGUUUCUCUUUUUCGCUUCUGCCUUGGUUGUCUAUGUGACGUGGCGCAUUCUUUGCAACAUGGUGAUCAUUCUCAGGAGACUCCUUGCGGUCUUCGUCAUUCUCGGCAUCAGUUUUGUCUUUCUAAGAGGCUUCAAUCAGGUUUUCUACAAGGACAUCCCUCUGCUUUACCGGAUCGUCACUCAAAGUCAGGAUUUCGAGGUGGUCUUGACGAAGUGGACUGCAUACUUGGGGGAUACUUCCUUCGAUCAUUGCAGUGUGGUUCUGGGUCUUUUGACGUCCCGCGUCAAGGAACUUCUCCAACUGAUUCAAGCAAGGACAAACACCGCUCGCUGGACCUGA